UGGGUUCUUGCUGCUGGCGCCCGAGGGGGCUGGGUACUGAGCCCGGCCUCUCCUCCCCGCCGCCGCCAGCAGGCCCCCCGGCCGCCAUGAACCAGCACUACACCAUCCACUUCGCCAAGGGUGCCCUGCCCCCCCGGACCGCCACCAAGCGCUACUUCUUGGACAGGGAAUUGGGGCACCGAAAAGGAUGCUGUCACCAGUGGUACCAUGACCCAGUGGCACCUCAAGCCUACAGGCCCUGUCGCCACCCCCGGCAUGCCAGGCCGCCAUGGGGUAGCGAUGGCUGUCGCCGGGGCCUCCAGCCCCCCGUUCUGCAGCGGCGGUCCCAGCCCGCACUUCCCAGCCCCCCGUCCCCCCCGUGGCGGCGGCCCUGCCCCGCCCACGGCGCCCAGAAGGGGCCGCCUGCAACCACUACCGCCCCCAUGCAACUGGCCAGCACCCCCAAGCCGGCCCCCGCACGCACCCCCUCACCCGCCGCGGCACGCACCACAGCCAGCAGCGGCCCAGCCCUGCCCUCGGCGGCCAGCGCCCUCCUGGAGCCCAGGAGGCCCACGGACACCUGGCCCCUGCCUGGCCCCGUAACCCGUGGCUCCUUCACCUCCGACAGGUCUGAUAUCGUGACAGAGGAUGACGUCUACUGCAGCUGCCUGGCCAAGACUCUCUGCCACGUGCCCGUCCCUGUGACCGUGGGUUUCUAUGCCCACUUUGGCUGCCGCCUGCACAUGAUGCUGGACAAGAUCAUGGCGCUGAUGCAGCAGGAGGCGACCCAGUGCGAGGCCGAGGAGCUGCAGCACGUGCAGCCGCAGCCGCGGCCCGUAAGGGGCUGGGGCUUCUCGAAGCUGCUGUGGUACCUGGUGUUCCUGCAGCCCAUCAUCACCGAGGUGCAUCUGCGGCGCAAGAACGUCAAGUUCCUCUUCAUCCGCUUCAGCGCCUGGCAGUACGCGGGCACUGACAAGCUGUGGGCCGGCCUGGUGACCACGCUGUGCGAGGGCAUCCGCCAACAAUACGGCGCACUGCCCUUCAGCUUGUACUCGGUGCUGGGCAAGAGGGCGGCCACGAGGACGGGCUGCCGCCAGGGCGAGUGGCACUGCCGGCGCCAAGUGUGCCUGGCACUGCUGGCGCUGCUGGCGGCGCUCAGCCUGGGAAUGAGCCUGCUCUACCUGUCGAUGGGCUCCCACGCGCUGGGCCACGGCAACCUGUUCCGGGCAUUCGGCGGCGCGGCCACCACGCUUUCGGGCUCCGGACUGCUCAUGGCCGUGUACUCGGUGGGCAAGCACCUGUUCGUGAGCCAGCGCAAGAGAAUUGAGCGGCUGGUGUCGCACGAGAAGUUCAGCAGCCAUCUGGGCUUCAUGUGCGAGGUGAAGAAGGAGGUGGGGCUGCUCACCGACUUCCUGUGCUUCCUGGAGAUCUACGAGCGGCGCCGGCUGCGCGUCGUGCUCGAGAUCACAGGGCUGGACACGUGCUACCCGGAGCGCGUGGUGGGCGUGCUGAACGCCAUCAACACGCUGCUGUCCGACAGCCACGCGCCCUUCAUCUUCAUCCUGGUGGUGGACCCCAGCAUCCUGGCCGCGUGCCUCGAGAGCGCCGGCUUCAUGAAGGGCACGGCCGACAACGGUUACCUCUUCCUCAACCGCACCGUCACGCUACCCUUCUCCGUGCCCAUCAUGGGCCGCCGCAGCAAACUGCAGUUCCUGCACAAUGCGGUGCGAAGCUGCGACGACCUGCUCUAUCGCGAGAUGACGCUCAACGUGAGGUCGCGGGGCGGGGCGGGCGGAGACGUCGUGCCGCUCCUGGAGAUGGAGGGGCUGGCCCGGGCCGAGAGCGCGCAAAGCCUCCUGGAAGCCCAGGCGGCGAGCAGCAUCCAGGAGGCGCUCUACUGCCUGCACGACGAGUGCGACUGCCUCUUCGAGUACGUGCCCGACAACGUGGUGUCCAUGCGGCGCAUCGUCAACACCGUGCCCAUCACCGUGCGCCUGCUGCAACAGCAGCAGGGGGACUUAGGGGGCCUCUCGGCGCGCCAGGCCGUGGCCUGGGUCGUGCUCGCCAACCAGUGGCCGUGCCGUCUCAGCUGGGUCCUACAGUGCCUGGAGGACGAGCAGCAGGCCGGGAGCGCGCCCGAAGCCUGCGCGCGCCUCUGGGACGUGUUCUGCGACCACAGCCUCGAACUGCACACCAUGACCGAGACGCUGCAGAAGGUGCUCGACCUGGACGGCGACCCCGAGCUUUUCCAGCGCUUCCUGGGCGCUGACUUCCCCUUCACCGUGGCCGAGGCGCAGAGCCUCCUGUGCUGCACCGUCAACCUGGACCACUCCAUACGCCGCCGCAUGGGCCUCAUCCGGGCCAUCAGCACGCUCAAGACGCCCUGCCCGCCCAAGUCCCCUGCCCGCAAAGCCCCGCACACCGCCAGCGGAGCCAACCAUGCCCCCGGGGCGGCUUGGGCAGGCCAGGCUCCUGCGCAUGCCUGCGAAGCCCACCAAUCCCCGGACGGGGGCAAGUCCGGACCCAUGGCCUGAGUGCCCUUCACUUGGGGUCAGUCUAGCCCAGGUGGACCUUGAACGGAAGACCUUGGGCGCAGCCGAGGGCAACACUUCCUUCUGCCCAGAUGAGCGCGUAGGGGGCCUAACUGGACCCAAGUCCCAGGGUCCAGUGUCUGGAAUGAGGCCUGUGGUGGCCACAUUCCCCAGGUGAAUCUGUGAGCCAGAGAGAGCUGUUGGCAGUAGCCACCAGGAGUGAGGCAGUGUAUCAGUGACAGCGUCUGAGAGCCCGGGCAGAAGGACCCAUGAGGAACUCGGGGUUCAAGUGCAAUAAAUGAAGAUGCGAAAACCCCAGAUUGGUCUUCGUGGCCCAGUCUCCCCAGCUCAGUGAGGACUGGCCACCAGGCCUGCCCUGUUCUGCCAAGCCCACUUCAUCCCCAGGGAGUCGGGCGGCCUCAGCUGGCAGCCUGCUCCCUGGCACCCCAGAGGCGG